CGGGGUUGCGUACUAUAACAUUAUCAACGGAUAAUCUUGUUGAUUUUUUGAACAAGAAAAAGCGCUUUUGAGUGAGAACGAAACAUAGGUCAGUUAUACUGAAAUUUAUGUCAUUCUUUGGCAGAACAAACGAACCGCUGUGCCACACUAACCAAGAAGUCUUUGCCUUUCGUUAAUAUACUGAUUACGUCUAAAAAAUUCACCUUGCAAUCAUAUCUGCGUAUAUAAAACAGGUGGAACAAGAACAUGGCGCCACCAAGAUGGGARGAAAUAGCAUGUGAAUAUAUAAACCACGAGGAACUGGAAUCAGAACCGGUUGCAACAAUCAUUUGUUCAGUGCUUGGAAUCAUCAUAUCGCCAUUGAUUGCUUGCAGUAAUGGUUUAGUMUUAAUAUCAAUUCUUCGUAGUCCAUUUCUUCGCGUACCGUCGAACAUCAUGAUCUGUCUACUAGCCUUCUCCGACUUCCUGGUGGGCUUCAUCUUUCUCCCAGUACAAACAUCAUGGCUUCUUAACGACUAUCUUCACAACUCAUGUGCGUUUUUUAUUGUCAWGAAGGCAUGUUCAUGGGUUUUCGUUUUUGCAUCUUUUUUAAGCGUCGUUGCCGUAAGCUGUGAGAGAUUCUUGGCUUUAUUCCAACCGUUAAAAUAUCCUAGUUUGGUAACAAUUUCUAGAGUUGGAAUAGUUGGUUGUGUCAUAUGGGUUAUUUCUAUCUUUCUCUCGGCAUUGUCGCUUUUAUUUUCCAAACGAAUUGCGACCGUAAUAGCUUUAGUUCUAGCGAUUCCAGGCAUUGUGGUUAUCCUCUAUAUCUACUACCGUAUCUUUAAGCUUGUUCGCAAACACCAUUUUCAGAUUCGCUCUCAACAAGAAGUUAGUAAUGCCAUUGAUGGCAACGCUGCUGAACGAGCCCAUCAAAGGAAGCUUGCGGUAACCAUGGGUUACGCUAUUGGUGUGUUUCUAGUCUGCUAUGCACCUUCUGUAGUAAAAUUACUUAUAAUCGUAGUCGUUGUUCAAAACCCUCGAAUUGAUAAUUUAUUGUGUUUAAUAACACUUACAGUAUAUGCCAUUAGCUCUCUGUGCAAUCCGCUAAUCUACUGUGGAAGGACUGGGGAAAUAAGGAUAGCAGUAAAAUCUACGUUAAGUGCCAUCAAGAGCUUUAUUUGUGUAAAAAGUGUUGGAAUAUCUAAUAAUCAUAUAACUGAAAUCAGGAUACGAUGUUCAUCCGUUGGAAUCCAGAAUGAAACGAAACCGCACAGCUCAAAGAAAGGAUCAACAAUUAAAAUAGAUAGCUGCGACUAGAUUUUUAGAAACUGUGAGUGAUAUAUCCAUUUUGCACAAGCCCGGACAAUAAUCAUAACAAUCAUCCGAUAUUUUUUAUAUCAUCAAAUGUCUCAGCUGAAAAGAAUAGACUGAUGUAUGAACAUGACAAAAGGAGUUUUCCCAUGGGUGUGAUUUCCUUUGUCGCAAACUCGACGCGCCAAACCGACGCUUGUCAUCGGCAGUGCAAUUCAAAAGUUACCAUGAACUUAACCAGCAAAAUACCAUAUGACAAUCAAUGCAUUACAUAUUGAGAUUGAGGUAGAAUCGUUUUAAUGGUCAGAAGUACAUUGGUGGCCAUGCAACCGAAUAAUCGAGUUAAGGAACAUUGUCACUCAUCCCUAUUUAAAUAAAUUGGAUGUUAGUCAGUCAAAAUCGUGCAAAAGAUUAAUGCUAUUGGCUACUUAAGGAGUGGUUUGAUGUACUGUAAGUUCUCUACAGUAAGAAUCCUAAACAUCUGCCCUACCCACCUUGUUACGUUAUUUGACUAAAACACAGGAGGAUUUUCUACAUGGCCACAAGCAACACCUUGCGGGCGUGCCUAAAAGUACACUAUUUAAAAGAGAUUAAGCUAAAAGAUUUAAUCAUAAACAAUCAAAUUACCGCCCUGUUCAGUCAGUCAUGUCAUGCGUGCUGACAUAAAGACAACGAUAUGGCCAAUUCUUUAAUUCGUGUUCUACCCUUUGAAUAUUCAGUCGUUCUGGGCCCGGAUACGUAAUCCGAGAGUUGUAAUAUGCGUUUCAGUCUAGUUUCCAAAAUGCCUCAGUGGAGACAAUCCUCCUGCAGCCAUAAAUGUCGCGGUCACUCGCGUGAUCGACGACCAGCGAUGGAUGUCUGAAGCUUUAUUACAGUUUGUCUUGGUUAUAGUACGUUGCGUUUUUCUUGGUCAGCGCGGUCGACAAACAUAAACAUCGUUUCCGACGCUYGCCAAGAAAAACGGGGCUCGGGAUCGGGGUAAGAAAUUGAUAGACAGUCAUUCUAUUAGAAAACACAGGUAGUCCACAAUUGACAACAAAGGUGACCCUAUAAAUACACACGAAAAUCGAUCUGUUUUGCAAAGGAACUUUCACCUGUUAGUUUUAGAGUUAUUUUAUUCAAGUAAAAACAUUUGUGUACCAUUUGACUUAUGUCAAACAACUAACCUGGACCCGUGUCGAAAUCUAGUCGUCGAUGUACAGUCAAUAAUCAAAAUUUAUCCACAUCAAUAGUGCUCACCACAACAAUCCAUGUCACGUCGGAGUCCAGAGGUCUUCGAUUGUUCAUUUGAAUCCCGACGGCUACAAUACACUCCCUGUAGAAGUCUUAGAAUAUAAACCACUACCUCUUACGUCUAACAGGAUUGGAAGAGUUUUCAAUAAAGU